AUGAUGGGUGAUUUUAACGCUCAGGUUGGCUCGGAGAAUGUCAAUGUGGAAAGCACAAUGGGCAGGCAUGGCUUAGGACGACUAACGGAGAAUGGGAAAAUGUUUCUGGAAACCUGCAGGACUAAUAAUCUUGUCAUUGGCGGUACGCUAUUUCCCUAUCCAAGAGUACACAAAGUCACCUGGGUAUCCCCUGAUUGUCGCACGGAAAAUCAGAUAGACCACAUAACUAUCAGCAGAAAAUGGCGCGGCUCGUUAUUGGAUGUGCGCAACAAACGAGGUGCCGAUAUUGCUAGCGAUCACCACCUACUAGUUGCUACUGUGCGAAUAAAAAUCACGGCUAUAAGAACGAACAACACUGUAUUUCAGAGGAGAUUCAAUGUGGCAAAGCUGAAAACCCCUGAAAUCGCCAACCUAUUCAGUAACGAAUUAUCAGGAUGUGCCUCAAUUAAUAGGGAAACCCAAACAUGGCAACAUGUCCGGGAAAUUUUCACUAAGUCAGCGGAAAAACACCUGGGGUUUAAGACUACUGGUAGAAGGGAAUGGAUUAGCGAUACCAAGUGGAACUUAAUUCAGCAGAGGAAAGUCGCAAAGAACGCUGUGCAUACCAGUAAAACACGCUCUAAUAAAGCCACUCAACAGCAUCUUUACACGCGCCUUAAUUCUGAGGUGAAACGCAGUGCUCGGAAGGAUAAACGCAAUUGGACAAACAAUAUAGCGAAUGAACUUCAGGCAGCGGCUGAAACCCAUCGUCUAAAGGACCUGUAUAUAACUGUUAACAAGCUGACAAAUAGGAAAUUAUCGACCGGAAAACCUUUAAGGAACGAUGCGUGGGAACUUAUAACAUCUAAAACUCAACAGGUUACACUUUGGGAGAGUUUUUACUCCGGCAUGCUAUCAACACCUACUGCUCAAUGUCAACCCAUUUGCGAAUGUGCUUCACAUACACCAAAUACCAGCAUCUCUACUGAUUGCCCUGGAAUAAGUGAAAUUAGCAACUCGAUACGAUCCCUUAAACCAAACAAAUCUCCUGGUUUGGAUAAAAUUUCUCCGGAACUUCUUACAGCCGACCGAACAACUAGUGCACGAUUGCUAGAACCCAUUAUUAGGGCAUUUUGGACCCAUGAAUCCCUGCCGGAUGAGCUGUCUGAUGGAGUCAUCAUAAAUCUUCCCAAAAAGGGUGAUUUGACCAACAGAAAGAAUUGGAGAGGCAUAACCUUGCUAAGCAUGGUAAAUAAGGUAAUUGCACAUAUUAUAAACAAUAGACUAUCGACAACAAUUUCCCAAUCUCUCAGAAAUGAGCAAGCUGGUUUUCGCUCCGGUAAAUCAUGUGUUGACCAAGUUAACAGUCUUAGGAUUAUAGUUAAGCAAUUGAAAAACUAA